UUAGAGAAAUACAAAUCUUUUUUUCUUUUACUUCAUAAUUACAUUUGUCCAUGUUGCACGUGCAUAUUUAUAUUUGCCUCUCACACGAUUGCACGUAAGAACGCACUGUGAGAUGCUGCCGCUGUAUGCAGUAUGUUUACUACUGUUACCGGGAGGAGCAAGAGGCACAUCAGAGGAGGAGACGGCUGGCUGUGGCUGGCCCUCUCCGCACAUGUACAUCCCUUCACGCAGACUCCAGGCCGCCGGAGUGUACGAGCCACUACAGGGUGACUCCCUCUAAGCUCCUGCAUAGUCCUUUCUGGAGCUGGAGGCGGCAGAAGAUGGCACCGCAACUUCAGGGAGUCGCCUGGAUCCUGCUCUACGUCUUGUCAGCAUUCGUGUCCGGGGAUGAAGACUGUCUCUGGUAUCAGGAUCGCAGAGGUGGUUGGCACCCUGGACAUGACUGUCACUUUGGUACCUUUUGCUGUGGGGACUGUCACCUGAGAUUCUGCUGUAUGGAUCCUAGUAGACUGAUGACUGAGAGAAUGCAGAAGAACUGUCUCUCUUUAAGCCCAAAGACUAUUGUUGGCAUUGGCUUUGCAGUACUUCUAUUCUUCGUGGUGAUUGUUACCCUGAUUUGCUGCUUCAUGUGCUCUUGCUGCUAUUUGUACCAGCGGCGCCACCAGCGAGGAACACCAUACACAGUUCAAGAAAUCCAGAUGUCAGGAGUUCCCCAGCAAACUGCAUAUCCUACUCAGCCUCCAUACCACACACAACCUCAGUACCCUAUGCAGCCUCCAUACCCUAUGCAGUCUCCAUACCCUAUGCAGUCUCCAUACCCCCCACAACCUCCAUAUGCCACACAACCACCGUAUCCAAUGGAUCCUCAAUUUGCUUCACCUCAACCAGGAUAUGAACCUGUUCCAAUGUACCCACAAAGCGGUCCAGCAGCCCAAUACCCCAUGUAUAAUCCGACACCACCUGUGUACAAUCAAAAUGUUGCUGAUCCAUAUCUGGCACCUCAACAGCCCAACACAAUGAAGCCUGGUCUAUGACAACAAAGUGAUAAGAAUAUCAUAUUGUGUGACUGUGUGUCUUCACUCACCAAUGCUCUCCAAUGGGAAAAAAAAACUUAAUUAUAUCAUUGAAUUACAUUGAAUGGGAGCAUAAUGUUCUUUGUAUGUUUCUAUAUUUGGCAGUUUACAGAUAUGUAAUUGUGAGACGGAGCUCAUAAUUGCACUCACUACUUUUAUUAUUGUUAUACAUUAUCUUUGUGUUUAUGUUUGAUGCAGUGUUAGGUUUAUAGUCAUAAAUUCUCUUUUGUGGUCCGCUAAAAAGGCUGCCUGUCAGGCACUGUAAGGGAAGUAUGUAUUUUUUAAUUACAUUUCACACAAUAUUUUAAAAUACAAUAUUAUUGUUCUAUUCUUCUGUUUAAUUAUGGCUUUUGUAACAACAAUGUCCCCUAUAAUUGAUCAUUGUCCCUCAAAGCAACAUUUUUGCUUUGAAUGCAAGUAAUGCUCUCCGAGGAAAGGGUUAUAUACUUCCUUGUACAGCUCUUUUAUCACUUGAGUCUGGCGAAGCAUCACUGGCUGUGGCUUUGAAAAAUGCAGAUCAUAUUGAUGGAAUAUUAUAAAGCUGGUUACAAAUGGUCUUUGUUGAGUUUGAAAUAUUGAUAAUUCCUAUAUUUCAAAUGCACAAAUGUAUUAAUGGUUUUUAACUGAGUAUAUGUAUUUAGUAAAAGGAGGAAGUAUGAUAUUGAACAAAAUAUAUGUUUUGGCCUCUUGGUGGCACUGUUCUGUUGUCUAUUCAUUUUAAAUUGGUAAAACAAUGAUAAAACCAAACUAUAUUAUCAGUGCAGAGUAAAGUGAAAGUAAAUACUUAUCAUACAGUAAGUCAUGUUUCUUUCUUUUUUUUUUUUAAACAAGUAAAUUCACUUUCAUAUUUAUAUA